AUGCGUUUUACGUAUAUUUAUACGGGAACUCUUGAUUUAACUAAUCAAUCAGGCUUUGAUCUUCUAGACAUUCUUGUCACUGCUGACGAAUUAAUUCUUGAUAAAUUGAUUAAUUACGUUCAAAAAUAUAUCAUUAAGAGGGAAACUGAUUGGCUAGUUGCCAAUCUCAUUGACGUUUUGCACACGGUCUUUGAUCUCCAAAGCUGUAAUAGAAUUCAAGAUUAUAUCAUGAAUAGUAUUUGUACGGAUCCAAAUCUGUUAUUUGGGUUGGAUGUCUUUCCAACUAUUGAAGAAGAUAUUUUUUUGAGAAUUAUCAAGAGAGAUGAUUUAAAUUUAAAAGAAAUUGAUAUUUGGAAUCGUUUAGUAGAUUGGGGAACGCUUAAAUUAGCUGCUUCACAUGAAAAAUCCGUCGAGAUCGAUAUUAUGAAUUGUGAUGAUGAUUUUAUAUCUUUUAAGAAAAUUUUAGAUCCAUUUUUAUCUUAUAUUCGAUUUUAUGAACUAUCUAGUGAAGAAUUUUAUAAUUGUAAACCACAAUACUCUAUAUUGUUACCACGUCAUGGAAAUGUUUAUAUCGACUCUGCUAUCAUUGGAAGAAAACAUUCUGUAAUUAUUUCUAGUUGGAUCGAAAAAAAAUCUGAAAAGCUUUCUUGCAAGUUUUUACUUUCUUAUCGAGGAACACGUGAUAAAUUUAGUUUAAGUACUGUUUAUAGCAAAUGUGAAAAUAUUGUAGCAAGUCUUGUACUUAUAAAGAUCAAAGAUUCUCCUUCAAGUUGGAAAGUUGUUCAUCGUAAACGUACCUGUCUUGAACAAGUUCAAUGGGCGUCGACAAAAAAUAGUCGCGUGGAAAAUCGCAAUAAAGCAAUUUAUAAUCGUAGUAACCUUGAUGAAUUUUGGUUCAAUUUCGGAGGAGGUGAUCUGACAUUAAAUGGCAAGAGUGGAACUUGUUCCAAAUGCAAUUAUGAAAAGGAGAUCUUGGAUAAUAACUUUUUCAUCCCUGAAGAAAUCGAGAUAUUUGAAGUGCAGGGGCCGACAGGUUAG